AUUGCUCAAGCGCUUCUGAUUGGCUCGUCGCUAAAUUAGAGUUUCGCCAAGUUGUAUUUAUGAAUUCAUCUUUGGUUACUAAACUCCCGUGUAUUCGGACGUCCAAUUUAAAUUAUUGCUGUCGACAUCUUCAUACUUUCUUAGGAAAUAACAUGAAAUUUUUUCAAGUUCAGAUUACUUAAAUAGUUAAUUAACAUAAAGAUCAAUAUUUCCCAUAUAUAUGGUCACCAAUAUGUUUAUGUGUGUUUAAGUGUUUACUGUCAACCCGACCUAAUAUUAUUCACCACGGAGUUUAAGAAAUCAACUUGAUUAAAGUAUAACUAUAUUCGUUAAUUAACACUAGUAGGAAAAUCUCUAUGAAUUGUGGAAUGUUGACUCAACAUGUCAGAUGUUGUUGAGUGUUUUGUUUGCAAAAUUAUUUUUUGUGACCAGGAUGCCUAUUGGAAACAUGUCUACGAGGAGGACUGUCACAAUCCGUGUAGAACUUCAACUGCUAAUUUCAGUAAUGACAAAAAUAACAUCCAAAAAUCUGUUGAAAGUCUGUCUAAAAUAAGCAAUCACUCUGGCAAACCAUCUACAAAUCAGCCUUCCAAUGUUUUGUUAAAACCAUCCUCAUUUGAUAAAGUGUGUAAUGUUAAGGCGCCGCUCAAUAAAAAACCUACUAAUAAGGCUUUUUGCGAUGUUUGUCAAACCUACAUGAGUCCUUUUGAUUUAAUUCGGCAUGAGACCGGUAAAAAGCAUUUGAAAAUGUUAGAAAAAGGAAACCUAUAUGCCCCUAAGUCAGUCGACGGACAUCAAGAUGCUAACCAUUCUACUCUUAAUCAUCAAGGAAAUUAUUUAAAGAAGAAAAUUAUUGUGACCGUAAUCAUAACCCCCAUAGCAUGACUUAUGAUAUACCGUCGUGUAAGACUUCAUCUUCAGAGGCUCCAGUAAAAUGUGAUGCUGAUUCGCAGUUCAUUCCUAAUGUACGUUCGCUCUUAAAUUUUAAUGAGAUAUCCGAGAAUAAUUCAAGCAAAUCAGCUACUAAGUCUAUUUUACGCAGAUUAUGUAUGACGGAAAUUUCAUCACUUCUAAGUCAAAUGGUUGGAGAUAUGUAUAAAAAUACUCAUUUUUAUAGGCAAUUAAAAAUAAAGUGUCGGGACGACCUUAAUUCUAUCUUAUGUCUUGAGGUCCCUAUUCUGCAGAGCACAGUCAGUCAAGAACUCUCAGAAUCAAAUUCUUCCGGACUAAACAGCGUUUAUCAUGAUGAAAUACGUCGCUCAGUCAGUUACUUUUGUCUUGGGUCAAACAACUCCAUGCACUAGACAACGAUUAGUUUCAUUAAUGAAUUGUACAUUUUUUGAGUAUUUCAUUGCAUCUUCACAAAUAGAGACUAUUUUGAUAAAAA